GGCGUCGCAGGCGGGUGGCGGCGGCCGCGCUGGCUGCCGAGGGCGGGAGCGAGUGAGUCACUGCGCGCGUGUGAGGGAGGGAAGGAGUGAGCGAGCGAGCAGCCCGCGCCCGUCGCCCUCCUGCCGCUGCCGCCAGGUCCCCCCAGCCGCCGGCUGCCUUCCGCCCAGCGCCCAGGCCGGGCCGAGCCGAGCCGGGUCGGGCCCGGGCCAUGCUGCUCACCGUGUACUGUGUGCGGAGGGACCUCUCCGAGGUGACCUUUUCCCUCCAGGUCGACGCCGACUUCGAGCUGCACAACUUCCGCGCGCUGUGCGAGCUCGAGUCCGGCAUCCCCGCCGCCGAGAGCCAGAUUGUCUAUGCAGAAAGACCUCUCACCGACAACCACAGGUCACUGGCUUCUUAUGGUUUAAAAGAUGGUGAUGUUGUAAUUCUACGACAGAAGGAGAAUGCAGACCCUCGCCCUGCAGUGCAGUUCUCAAACUUACCCCGGAUUGACUUCAGUAGCAUAGCUGUGCCUGGCACGUCAAACCCCCAACAGCGCCAGCUGCCCAGAACACAGGCUCAGCACUCAUCUCCUGGGGAAAUAGCAUCAUCUCCUCAAGGCUUAGACAACCCAGCCCUGCUCCGAGACAUGCUGCUGGCCAAUCCGCAUGAGUUGUCCUUGCUGAAGGAGCGUAACCCACCCUUGGCGGAAGCUCUGCUCAGUGGCGAUCUUGAGAAAUUCUCUAGGGUCUUGGUGGAGCAGCAGCAGGACCGAGCCCGGAGAGAACAAGAACGGAUUCGUCUGUUUUCUGCUGACCCCUUUGAUCUCGAAGCUCAGGCAAAGAUAGAAGAAGAUAUAAGGCAGCAGAACAUCGAGGAGAACAUGACGAUAGCUAUGGAGGAGGCCCCGGAGAGCUUCGGCCAGGUCGCCAUGCUGUACAUCAACUGCAGAGUGAACGGGCAUCCUGUGAAAGCCUUUGUCGACUCAGGAGCCCAGAUGACUAUUAUGAGCCAGGCCUGUGCAGAAAGGUGUAACAUAAUGAGGCUGGUAGAUCGUCGGUGGGCUGGCAUUGCCAAAGGAGUAGGCACACAGAAGAUUAUCGGAAGGGUGCAUCUAGCUCAGGUUCAGAUUGAAGGCGAUUUUCUGGCGUGCUCCUUCUCGAUUCUGGAAGAACAGCCUAUGGACAUGCUUCUGGGCCUGGACAUGCUGAAACGGCACCAGUGUUCUAUUGACUUGAAGAAGAAUGUUCUGGUGAUUGGCACCACGGGCUCACAGACCACCUUCCUUCCUGAGGGGGAGUUACCAGAGUGCGCUCGUUUGGCGUACGGAACCGGGCGAGAGGACAUUCGGCCAGAGGACAUUGCAGACCAAGAAUUAGCAGAAGCCAUUCAAAAAUCAGCCGAGGAUGCAGAGAAAAGCAGUAAAGAAUCUACCUCACUGGGAAUGUCAUCAUUGCCGACUUCAGAUGGAUUUGACCAUCCUGCUCCUUCAGGGCAGAGUCCUGAGGUUGGUAGCCCAACGAGUCUCCCUCGCUCUGUUUCUGCUUCCGUCUGCGCCAUCAAGCCCGGUGACCCCAAUAGCAUUGAAUCUCUAGCUAUGGAGGCUACGAAGGCUUCAGCUGAAUUCCAGACACACUCUAAGAAAACAGACCCUCCUCCUCUGCAGGCUCCUCCUGACCUUGCUUCCUCAGCAGAGCAGAGUCUAGCCAUGCCUUUGCAUACGUCAUCAAAAGAAGCAGUUGUUGCAGGUAAUCUGGAGAAAUCUGUUGAGAAAAGAACCCAGGGCCUCAGAGUGUAUCUCCACACAAGACAGGAUGCUAGUUUAACUCUCACAACUACAGGGAUGCAUGAGCCACAGAUAUUUGUGGAGGAAAAGAGUUUGUAUCCAGAAAAUCAGACCCCAAGUCACGUGAACGGCCUUCAGCAGCACAGAGAAACCGAGAGUGUGCAGCGUGAGGCUGGACUGCAGAGUGCUCCACGGCACCAGGAGUGUCUUUGUGACACAGAAGACCUUGAGCUUCAGGAAGAAGUUGUCAGUUUGGAGGCUCUGACGAAAGGUGAGCUACAGAGAAACGCUCAUCUUGCCAGUGCAGAGAAGGGUCUUCCAGCUCCAGGACUCUGUGGCUGCUCAUGCUCAGAAGCCCUGAUGGAAGUAGAUACAGCUGAGCAGUCUCGGGUUGCUAUGUGCAGCUCAACAGGCAGGCAGGAUGCCGUCAUCAAGAGCCCUAGUGUAGGACAUCUCGCUUCAGAUAAUCCCACUAUGGAAGUGGAGACAUUACAGUCUAACCCCUCCUGUGAACCUGUGGAACAUUCCAUCUUGACUCGGGAAUUGCAGAUCCCAGAAGAUAAUGUUGAAAUGUCUACAGUGGAUAACAAAGAUGACAGUUCCUCUUCCCUUCUAAGUGGCCAUGGUCAGCCCUCUGUGGAAUCAGCAGAAGAAUUUUGUUCAUCUGUCACAGUGGCCUUGAAAGAACUCCAUGAGCUUUUGGUCAUUAGCUGUAAGCCAGCUUCAGAAGAUUCACCUGAGGAUAUUACCUGUCAGUCAGAGAUAGGAGCUGAGAGCCAACCAAGUGUUUCAGACCUUACAGGAAGAAGGGUCCAAAGUGUGCAUUUGACCCCUAGUGACCAGUACUCACAAGGCUCCUGUCAACAGGCCACCUCUGAAUCAGGAAAGCCAGAAAUCGUAGGAACUGCCCCUUGUGCUGCGGUAGAAGAUGAAGCAUCCACUAGCUUUGAAGGUCUGGGUGAUGGCUUGUCACCUGGCCGAGAAGGUGUCCGCAGAUCAACAGAGUCAGCCAGGAAGAGCUGUUCUGUCGCCAUAACCUCAGCUAAACUGUCUGAGCAGUUGCCCUGCACCUCAGGGGUAGAAACAGAAAUAGCACCUGAACUUGCAGCAGGUGAGGGUGUCCACAGUCAGCCUUCUGAGCAUGUGCAUAAUCCAGGCCCAGACAGACCGGAGACCAGCAGUGUCUGCCCUGGAGCUGGGUUGCCCCUUAGUGGAUUGGACCAAACUCCCACACAGUCCUUGUCCACCCCCUCCGUUCUUCCACCGUUCAUCUUUCCUGCCGCAGAUGUUGACAGGAUUCUUGGUGCCGGCUUCACUCUGCAGGAAGCGCUCGGGGCUCUGCAUCGAGUUGGUGGGAAUGCAGACCUUGCCCUUCUUGUUUUGUUAGCAAAGAACAUUGUAGUCCCAACAUAAUUGUGGGAAGUGGGCUGGGCCGCACUUCAUUCCUUUUGAAAAAGCCCUUUUCACACAAAUAUACUACACACACACACACACACACACACACACACACACACACACACACUAUGUGUAGAAAAUCUGCAAGCAAAAUGUUGAGCCAGAUUUUUUUUUUGCCGGCCAAAGUAAUUUAUGAUCUUCUGUCUGAAUUUGUCUAUUCUACUUGUUAACAUUUGGGCCUUUUAAAUGUAUUGGCAGUGUGUGCAUACAAAGCUUUUUAUUCUCAUGACGAUGAUGUAUUCUGGAAUAAAGCAGAUGGUUUUGUGUAUAGCAUACCAUUUUAGAAUGAGUGAGUGCUUUGAAAGCAGGAGUCAUGAGGAGCCUGCCAUCUAUGGAGCUAGGACAGAUGAGCUGCCCGCUGGGGCUCUGGCUGUGCUGUGUACAGGGGAUGGCUUUUAACAGGAAGCUGGAGAAGAUAAUAACUAACUUGUAGAGUUGGAUGGUUUGAUUUGUGUGCUCAGGGUUGACAUUUAAGUAGGGCGAGUGGGAGGGCUUACACCUUGGGCUACCUUGUACAUCAUAGCCUGCUGCAUGGACUGAUUGCCAAAUACCUUCAUGACCAUGGGGAGGGUGUGGGGAAAUUCACAUUAGAGUGAAACCUGGUGCUACUUGUAUUUUAAAAGGGAAGGGAAAAAAUCGCAAUCAUAAUUCCAUUUGUAAAUGUCAAGGACUGAGCUAAAGAUAAUGGCUUAGACAGACACUGGCGUGUACUAGAGACAGAGUCGAGGCGUCUCACUGACACCCCAGCCCUCCCAGUGAUCAGGGCUGACCGCCAGGAGCCUGCUGGCUUUGCAGACUCAUCUGCUAGGAAGUUCUUCCCAGGCUCAGUCGGAGCUGAGUGAGACAGCGAGAGAGCGAGGUGCUUGUCUGUGAGUGCCCCUCAUGGCGGUGGAAAUACAAUGGAAGUUCUGACAACAGUGGCCUUGGUACAGUCUUCAUCCCUUUCUUUCCUCAGGAGUUUCUUUUCUAAGCAGGAUCCAUGUUUGUGUCCAUCAAGUUGAGCUAAAGUGGGGCAGAAUGUGUAGCUGUGUUUGUUGUGGCCUUUUUAGUGUAAGCUCUCGCCUUGCAAGUCUCUGUCCGUGGGCCCCACUGUGCAAUAAUCACUCCGGAUAGGUUUGAAAGAAUCCUUUCCUGGAACAUGAACUGUUGUCUUAGGUGUCUGGCAGGAAUCUCUAAUCUUGCUUUUCUUGAAAAGGAUUUUAAGGAUACUUCCAGGUUCCAGGUUGAGAGUUUAUUAAAAUGAAAGUAUUAAAAUCAAAUUCUGAACUUAGCAUUAACUGAUUUUUGCCUAAAAGUCACUAUCAUUCUCUCUCCUCCCCCCACCCCCACCCCCUUUCAAGGCUUGGUUUUAUUCAUCAAAAUUGAAGUCAUCAAGCACAGACGGGUUCAUAUCUCAGGAGUUUUUGACCUUUAGGGGCACUUACAGGGGUUUCUGUUCUUUGGUCUUACUCUUUUUUGCCACUUGUUUGUGUGCCGAGACUCACUUCAGUGACACAGUGGCAAGUCACACCGAGUACCAUGAUCCUUUCUGGAAUUAGGGAAACGUGGCUGGAUGGCCUUGUGGUUCACAGCUCUCCGUCAGGCCCUCCGAGCAUCAGGCUAGCCGGGCUGUCUGAGAAAUUCUUUCAGAUGAGCACGGCCUGUCCACCUUUUGCCUGUUCUACACCAAAGAUGUCUCUGUGUGAUUCGCUAGGAAACUGCUCCCAGGGUUCUGUCACCCAGCUUAGAGCCAUGUCUGAAGCAAGAACAGGAAGUGCAGUGAAGCCUGGUGUUGGCUUGGGGUGGGGGUGAUGUUCUGAGUCACAAAUCCUUGGAGCCACAGGGUGGGGUGGAUAAAGGAAAGUACUGAUGGCAACUCCUCCCAGAAGGCCUGUGCGAGCAGACGAAAUUGGCAUGCAAAGGCAGUGGUGUGGCCACCGACUCUCCCAUGUAGAAGUUUGGGAGGUGGCCCUAGCUAAAAUAUAGAAUACCAGUCUGGAAAAGAUUUCAUUACAAUAGCUUUUGAUGUAUGUACUUGUAUGCUAUUUUUAGAAGCAGUUUGAUAGGUCAGUGAUUAUACAGGUGGUGUUCUUAGGAGUACUUUGAAUAAGCUGGACUCACUUGCCAAAUACUUUGUCCUUUUGGUUGUUAUUUUCUUUGCAACAAAUAGUUGCUUUUGAUUUUUAAGAUCUGUCAAAAAUAAAUAAAAAGCCCAGGCGAGCUGACAUACCGUUCAUUCUAGGAGGCAAGUGAUAUUUGAGGUCAAGGCCAGCAAUCUUUUGUCUGCAGUUUGGAUGAAGUUAGGGAUUCGUUAGGAAUUGAUUGGCUUAAACCGAGCAAUUCUAGAACAGAGGACAUUGAGGAACAUCACAUUAGUGGUACUUUGGAGUCAGCUUUCACUUAAGUCACUAUAGGAGUAAGAUCACAUCAGUGUGAACCCAGUGUUGAUCCUGUCAGAUCCCAACUGUAACAGCAAGGGCAGCUCCUCUGCCAGACCAUUGUCAGGGGGUUUUGUGGUGACUGCUUACCUCCAGCAGUGGUCUCCAUCUAUGCACCAAAGGAUUUUCUUGUAAAACUCACACUCAAGCUGAAGGGCUGGAGAUAACAGCCCUUUGAUUCUGGUUAGGGCCGUUUCCAGAUGUGCUAGUUCAGCCCUCUGCAGCAGCCGAAGUCUGUGUCUAGUGGGCUGUGCUUCAGAUGUUGACCGGUCAGGAUGAGAGUAGGAACCUGGCAAAGGAAGCAUUAGUAGGAAUGUGUGAGACCUCCUGCCCCGAAGCCUACUCCCACUGAUUAUCUCCAGGAAAGGGGAGAGACAGCCCAAAACAUUACUUUGGCAAGAGGGUGCCUAGGAAUGGUGUAGGGGACCUGGUGUCGUGGAUUUUAUGACUAGCUUGUGUAGCAUCUGCCUGUUCGUCCCUCUCUACAGCUUUCUAUCUCUAGGUGAAGCCAUAAGAAUUUGUUUCAACUUUUCAGCUCAUGUCUAUAAAUAAAUACUAAGCUAUCUCAAAUAUAAGGUUAUUGAUAACUAUUUUUGCAUAGGUUGAAAAGCUUUUCUGUCUACAGAGACCGCACGUCUGGUGGCUUUUCUUCCUACUAUGUAUAUAAUAAACUGCCUUGCAAACAGCAGGACAAGAGUGUAAGGCAAAGUUUCAUUUUUGUUUUGUGGGUUUUUUUUUGAGACAGGAUCUCGCCAUAGCCCAGGAGGGCCUCAGCCUUUAGAAUACUAGGAUUACAGGUGCACACAACUAUACCCAGUUCACCCAGCGCAUUCCUGUUGCUACCUGUGGCCGAACUCUCUGGUGUAUCACUAGCAAUGCCACAGGGCUGAGGGGUAUGGUUUGGUGGAACUCCCGUGUAGUGUGUGAAGUCCUGGGUUUGAUCCUUACCACCGAAAAAGAAAAGUAAAAGCCAGUCUUGGGAUUUAAUAAAGUCUGUGGCUGACUAGAA